CCCGCGGGCGGCCGGCCGGUCCCGGCAUGGAGAAGCGGGCAGCCGCGGGGCCGGAGGGGGCGCCGGGCGCCCGGGCGCAGCUCGCGGUCGUCUGCCUGGUGAACAUUGUUCUCACCGGGCGGUUCAGCAGCGCCGUUCCUGCCUUAGGUGAAGCCAGCGCCUCUCAGCCUCCUCUCCUGACAGCCGCCUGCAGUGGGCAGCUGGAGCGGCACACUGCACGCCGCGGCGUCAUCUACAGCCCAGCCUGGCCUCUCAACUACCCGCCGGGCACCAACUGCAGCUGGUACAUACAGGGUGACCGCGGGGACAUGAUCACCAUCAGCUUCCGCAACUUUGACGUGGAGGAGUCCCACCAGUGCUCCCUGGACUGGCUAAUGCUGGGCCCCGCGGCCCCGCCCCGCCAGGAGGCCUUCCGGCUCUGUGGCUCUGCCAUCCCGCCUGCCUUCAUCUCUGCCCGGGACCAUGUCUGGAUCUUCUUCCACUCCGACACCUCCAGCUCUGGCCAGGCCCAGGGCUUCCGUCUCUCCUACAUCCGAGGGAAGCUGGGCCAGGCGUCCUGCCAGGCUGACGAGUUCCGCUGUGACAACGGCAAGUGCCUGCCGGGCCCUUGGCAGUGCAACACCGUGGACGAGUGUGGCGACGGCUCGGAUGAGGACAACUGCUCGGCGCCUGCCUCGGAGCCGCCAGGCAGCCUGUGCCCCGGGGGCACCUUCCCCUGCAGCGGGGCGCGCUCCACGCGCUGCCUGCCCGCCGAGCGGCGCUGCGACGGCACUCAGGACUGCGGCGAUGGCUCCGAUGAGGCUGGCUGCCCCGACCUGGCCUGCGGCCGGCGGCUAGGCAGCUUCUACGGCUCCUUCGCUUCCCCAGACCUGUUCGGCGCGGCCCGCGGGCCCUCGGACCUUCACUGCACGUGGCUGGUGGACACACAGGACCCGCGGCGCGUGCUGCUGCAGCUGGAGCUGCGGCUGGGCUACGACGACUACGUGCAGGUGUACGAGGGCCUGGGCGAGCGCGGGGACCGCCUGCUGCAGACGCUCUCCUACCGCAGCAACCACCGGCCGGUGAGCCUGGAGGCCGCCCAGGGCCGCCUCACUGUGGCCUACCACGCCCGCGCCCGCAGCGCCGGCCACGGCUUCAAUGCCACCUACCAAGUGAAGGGCUACUGCCUCCCGUGGGAGCAGCCGUGCGGGAGCAGCCGCGAGGGCGACGCGGAGGACCCAGGCGAGCAAGGCUGCUUCUCGGAGCCACAGCGCUGCGACGGCUGGUGGCACUGCGCCAGCGGCCGGGACGAGCAGGGCUGCCCCGCCUGCCCCCCGGACCAGUACCCCUGCGAGGGGGGCAGCGGCCUGUGCUACACGCCCGCCGACCGCUGCAACAACCAGAAGAGCUGCCCCGACGGUGCGGACGAGAAGAACUGCUUCUCCUGCCAGCCAGGCACCUUCCACUGCGGCACCAACCUGUGCAUCUUCGAGACGUGGCGCUGUGACGGCCAGGAGGACUGCCAGGAUGGCAGCGACGAGCACGGGUGCCUGGCGGCCGUGCCCCGCAAGGUCAUCACCGCCGCGCUCAUCGGCAGCCUGGUCUGCGGGCUGCUGCUCGUCAUCGCCCUGGGCUGUGCCUUCAAGCUCUACUCCCUGCGCACGCAGGAGUACAGGGCCUUUGAGACCCAGAUGACACGCCUGGAGGCUGAGUUUGUGCGGCGGGAGGCACCCCCGUCCUACGGGCAGCUCAUCGCACAGGGCCUCAUUCCACCCGUCGAGGACUUUCCCGUCUACAGUGCAUCCCAGGCCUCGGUGCUACAGAACCUGCGCACGGCCAUGCGGCGACAGAUGCGCAGACACGCCUCCCGCCGCGGGCCCUCCCGCCGCCGCCUCGGCCGCCUCUGGAACCGGCUGUUUCACCGGCCACGGGCGCCGCGCGGGCAGAUCCCGCUGCUGACGGCCGCGCGCACCUCCCAGACGGUGCUGGGUGACGGGCUCCUCCAGCCGGCACCGGGGGCUGCCCGGGACCCCCCGGCACCCCUAACGGACACAAGCAGCCCGGGGGCAGCAGGGGAGGGGCUCCCUGGCGCCCCCAGCCACACCUCGGAGGUGGGACCUUCCGUGCCACCCCCCUCCGGCCUGCGGGACCCCUUGGAGUCCAGGCCCGCUGACAAGGACAGAAAGGCUGGCAGGGACCCUCUGGUGGCCAGCCCAGCCCCUGUGGACGUGCCUCAGGAGUCCUGCUCCAGCCAGGACCCUCACCCCCUGGCCCUCACUGCCGGUAGCACCCUUGGCCCCCACCCAUCAGAGCCACUGGGUGUCUGCAGGAGCCCCCCGCCACCCUGCUCCCCAACGUUGGAGGCCAGUGACGAUGAGGCCCUGCUGGUCUGCUGACCCGCCGGACAUGCUGAUGACCGCCACAGCCCCGCUUUGUAACCAGGGAAUACACAGUCAUUUCUGCCCUGCCUCUGUGUCCUUCUUUGUUAUGGAGAGGCCCACCCGGGAGCCCUGCCAGCUUCCUGUGUCAGCACCCUGGCCCCCCCGGUGGGCAUGGUGGGCAGAUGGACUUGUUGGGGGUUGAACGCCGGAAGAGGGUGGAGUGGUGAGCCCCUCUCCAGGGCUCCAGUGUACACAAUACACCUGGGGGGUCCCCAUCUGCCUACCCCGACUCCAUUCUGGGAAUCCUUUACCAGAGAAGAAGGAGGGCCAGGGCUUCCUGGAAUGUUUCCUGUGGCUUCUCCCUCCAUUCAUCCUGUGGGGUGCCAGAGCUGUCCCUGGACUGGACGUGGCCAUGGGUACAUCAGACCUAGUCCACGGUGAGCGCUCUGGUGGCACAGGCCCCGGAGAAGCUGGGCCAGGAGGCUUCUGCCCCCAACCUCAUGCCUGUGGGGUCAGUGUGGGCCCGGUCAACUUGAUGCCAGGCUGAGAAAGUAGGUACGGGGUAGAGAAAGCUCAUGGGAUCUCUUACAGGCCCCGAGGUCCCAAGAAGAUGGUGCCCGAUGCUUUCUCAGAGGGCAGAGGCUGAGGCACCAACUGACAGCAGCCAAACCCAUGCCAUCCCGUCUCAAAACCCCAGUUUCCCCACCUGUAAACCAAGCCAGGCCACUGAGUCCUGACACUCACUCCGUGGGGAUUUAGGGGAAGAAAGGCAGUUCUGGCGGGAACCCCAGGCUCUCCUGGGUGGCUGAGCCUCCAGCAGGGUCUGGGGUAGAGGGGCACACCCAGCCAAUUCUCAGUCUGUAGGGCAGGGUUGGCCCUGGACCCCAAGGUGCCAACCCCAAAGAAGGAGUGUCUGGCUCAAGCAUCAGAACACCCCAAAAGUCAAGAGCCUCCUCCUGAGCCAACCAGGCCACCUGCUCCAGCCAGCUCCACACAUGCCCCCCAGCCCAGGGGGGCCCAACAAGUUCCUGAGACAGGUGCACCACCAGCCCUGUUUUAUGCACAGAUCUUUCCAGGAAAAGCUAGCGGGGCAGUGCUGACAGGGGACCCAGUCCACAUCUUCAGGG